AUCCGCCAAACCAAUCUCAAAGAAGAACAUAUUCGCUAACGCCGCAUUUUCGAAAUGGCAUAUGUCGAGUUUAAGUUUGAGGACGAAAUAACUAAAUACAUUCGGGAACAAGAAUUGGCAACGUCACUGAAAUUCGUUACAUUGGGAAAGGACAAAAGUUUUGGACAAAAGGAUGCACAGCCUUUGGCACGGAAAAAACUCAGCUGGGAGAGUAAAAGUAUCCCAUUCAAUGGUGUUCCGUUUCAAGUUGUUGGCACAAAGACGUAUGAAUGCCACCAGGGCAAAGACAGACAGACAAAAGCCAAAGAGAAAUAUGCUGCUGAAAGAGACAAGAAGGAACUUGAAGACCAUGCCUUUGUAAAGAGACGGAAACUGGCACAAAAUACCAAAAAGGUGGACUGCAAGGCUAUAAUAAACAUCGCCCAAGUUAUCCGCUUUCCUGAUUUUAAGAUUGAGGAAAGUACAGUGCGCUCUAAAAAGGAGGCCUCGCAAACUCUGAAGGCAGCACUAAGUGAAACACCCAGCUCCGUGAAGGCAGAGGUUGUCUACUGCGUCAGGUUCCCCUCCCUCUCUGAGCACAGCUCACAUGCAGUUGUUGGCGAGGCAGCUUAUGUUCGGGAAGCUGUAGAUGCCAGGCUGAGAGAGAAGAUUGAGCAGCUGACUCUGUCUGGUGUGAGAAAGAUGACUGAAAUGAAGUGUCAUCUGAACACCUUUGUAGUGGAAGAGCUUUUCCAUGGAGAGCAGCCCCCUCCACCUACUCGCAGGCGCUAUUACCCCACUGACAGUGACAUAAGAAAUGUCAUGUUUAAGACCAAGCAGGCCACCAGAGACUCCAACAUUGACCGUCCAUACGAAGGUCCAUCUGUAAGAGGAAAGAGGUCCUCUAGGAAGCUGCUGCGGUUACGGAGGCAAUGUGCAGGAUAUCUUAAAGAGAUCACAGAACUCACUUAUCAUCUCCAAGAGGAACAGUACGUGACUGACCUGUCUUCACAGCUCAGAAGUGUGUUGCUGGAUAUGAAGGCCCAUGUUCCACAGGAUAAAGGCCUUCCACUGACCUUUUCUCCAAGGAAGAGAAAAGCUGAGAUGGACAUGGACCUCAUUCCAACCAAGAGUGCAUCACACCCUUUCACAGACGGGGUAGAACAGUAUACAGAGGACAUAGUGAGUGUGGAUACCUUGUUGGCAUUGAGCCUAGGUUAGUAGGGCUGUGUGGAUACCUUGUUGGCAUUGAGCCUAGGUUAGUAGGGCUGUGUGGAUACAUUGCUGGCAUUGAGCCUAGGUUAGUAGGGCUGUGUGGAUACCUUGUUGGCAUUGAGCCUAUGGCUGAUGACUGUGUGGGUUCUGCCACCAAUUGAGUAUAUUUUGGUUAGUGUAACUUUUAUUUAAACUAAUGUUAACAUUCUGUCAACACAACUUGAUAAAAACAUGUUUUCUCAUCAAGAUGUUAAACAAAUAAAUUACUAUAGUAAGUCAUUUAGGAAGCAUAUAUAUAUAUAUAUACACUGUUCCUCUCUGCUGCUGCUACUCUGUACUUUUAUUUUAUUAUUGUCUGUCCUGAUGCCUAGUCACUUUACCCUGCACAUUUAUCUCCUUGAUCUGGUACUGGUACUUCCUGUAUGUAGCUGCACAUUGAUCUGGUACUUCCUGUAUAUAGCUGCACAUUGAUCUGGUACUUCCUGUAUAUAGCUGCACAUUGAUCUGGUACUUCCUGUAUAUAGCUGCACAUUGAUCUGGUACUUCCUGUAUAUUGUGUAUUCUAUUCCUCUUGUUACAAUCCCAAAAUGUUUUAAACUUUGCAUCGUUGUGAAGGGCUGUAAGCAUUUCGCGGUUAAAUCUACACCCGUUGUAUUCGGCGCAUGUGACAAAUAACAUUUGUUUUGAAGUCCCCAAAUUAAGUAACAGGGUUGACCUUAUGUGUUGACGUUUAAUCUUAAAUCAGACAAUUUCAAAAUGUACAAUUCUGAACGUUUCUUUGAAACUGUGUACGUUGUACUUGUGGAUAUUGAAAACAAAACAUUGAAAAUCAAGAUGUACCAAUUUGUUUGUCUACAUGCCAUUUUAAAAACAAUGCAGAAAUUGGAGUAAAACAAGUAACUAUGAGUAAGAGCCAACAUAAUGACAAGCUUGCAAUCUGUUUGAGGGGUUGGGUGAAAUGCUGAAGACACAUUUAGGUUGAAUGCAUUCAGUUUUACAACUAAGUAUUCCCUUUCCCUGAAUAAGCAACCUGGUCUUGGAGCAUUUGGUAUUAUUCUGUACGUAAAUCCGAGAUACUCCACUUAGUAUAUGUUUCGUAUGGUAUAUAUUAAUCUGGGGAUGUCCAUCACCCAUUCUGUAUGACAUUUUACGAAGUAUAAUUAAUAUUAUAUUUUAAAAAUUUGCAAAAAGUAUACUAUGUUAUGAAUUCAAGCUAGGUGGGUAAUGUUAGCCAGGCUGGUGGUUAGUGGAAGGGUUAGCUAACAUGCUAAGUAGCUAAAAUGCUAAAGUUGUCGAUGAUGAAAUUCAAACUCGCAACCUUUGGGUUGUUUGUGUUUAUAUCCACCUGACUUAAGUAACCAUACCAAACGUAACAUCCAGUGCAUUCAGAAAGUAUUCAGGCCCCUUACCUUUUUCCACAUUUUGUUACGUUACAGCCUUAUUCUAAAAUGGACUAAAUUAAAUGUUCAUCAAUCUACACACCAUACCCCCUAAUGACAAAGGGAAAACAGGUUUUUAUCAAUUUUGGCUAAUUUAUUUUAAAAAACCUAAAACUUAUUUGCAUAAGUAUUCAGACCCUUUGUGAUGAGACUGGAAAUUGAGCUCAGUUGCAUCCUGUUUCCAUUGAGCAACCUUGAGAUGGUUCUACAACUUGAUUGGAGUCCACCUGUGGUAAAUUCAAUUGAUUGGACAUGAUUUGGAAAGGCACAUACCUGUCUAUAUAAGGUCCCACAGUUGACAGUGCAUGUCAGAGCAAAAGGUCGAAGGAAUUGUCCGUAGAGCUCCGAGAUAGGAUUGUGUCGAGGCACAGGUCUGGGGAAGGAUACCAAAACAUGUCUGAAGCGUUGAAGUUACCCAAGAACAGUGGCCUCCAUCAUUCUUAAAUGGGGAAGUUUGGAACCACUAAGACUCUUCCUAGAGCUGUCCACCCGGCCAAACUGAGCAAUCGGGGGAGAACGGCGUUGGUCAGGGAGGUGAUCAAGAACCCGAUGGUCACUCUGACAGAGCUCGAGAGUUCCUCUGUGGAGAUGAGAGAACCUUCCAGAAGGACAACCAUCUCUGCAGCACUCCACCAAUCAGGCCUUUAUGGUAGUGGCCAGAUGGAAGCCACUCCUUAGUAAAAGGCACAUGUCAGCUGGCUUGGAGUUUGCCAAAAGGCAUCUAAAGGACUCAGAAAAAAUUGGAAACAAGAUUCUCUGGUCUGAUAAGAGUUCAAUCUUGGUUAAGCCUGAAUGCCAAGCGUCACGUCUGAAGGAAACAUGGCACCAUCCCGUGGGGAUGUUUUUCAGCGACAGGGACCCAGCCAGAACCUGGACUUGAACCCAAUCGAACAUCUCUGGAGAGACCUAAAAAUAGCUGUGCAGCGACGCUCCCCAUCCAACCUGACAGAGCUUGAGAGGAUCUGCAGAGAAGAAUGGGAGAAACUUCCCAAAUAAAGGUGUGCCAAGCUUGUAGCGUCAUACCCAAGAAGACUCUGCUGUAAUCGCUGCCAAAGGUGCUUCAACAAAGUACUGAGUAAAGGGUCUGAAUACUUACGUAAAUGUGAUAUUUCAUGUUUUUUAUUAAUAAAUUUAGCCAACAUUUCUAAACCUGUUUUUGUUCUGUCAUUAUGGGGUUGUGUGUGGAUUAAUGAGGGGGGGGGGACUAUUUGAUCAACGUUAGAAUAAGGCUGUAAAGUAACAAUGUAGAAAGUCAAGGGUUCUGAACUCUUUCUGAUUGCACCGUAUCAUACUAAUGAGUGUCCUGGAGUUCCACGUACUAUGCUACGUCUAGUCUUUGAGACCAGGCUGGAAUAAGACAUCCGAUUACCACUUUGCGUUAAGAACGGGCUCACCGUUGGUUUUUAUUAUAGCUAAUAAAUAACCAAAUCAUUGAGGCAAUGGAAACGUAUGGCCUUUUUGCUCAACUCCUUCGUUCUCGCUCUGUGUUCUCACUUUUGAUAAAGAUCAUAUGUAAAUGACGAGAGGGAAUGUGGAUGGAAAAUGUGCUUGUAUGAAAUUCUCCACUCGUGCAUCAUCAUGCAAAUGUUUAACGUGGUGGAUUCAAAAAUAAAUGAGGAAAGUGAUACAACCCAA